AUGACACAAAGCCGCCCAUAUUUUAACUAUGAUAUACAUCCAGGAAGAUAUACUUGCAUUUCGACAUUUCGUCGAACUCCUCUCUCAGCAGAGGAAUAUCUCGAUGUUAUUGCUGGUGAUAUUCUAGUGGUUGAAUGUCGACCACAAAAUGCUACGGCACCGACCUCUUUUUUAUAUGGACUUAAUGAAACAACAAAACAUAAAGGAUAUUUUCCGGCAUAUUGUAUAGAUAUACGUGAAUUCGGAUCACUUCAACUAAGAAGCAAAAGCACCGAUCGAAUCGCUUCUACCCACAUUUUUCCAAAUUCACAGCUUAUAAAAGCUACAAAUGUUGAUUCACAAAGCUUACUACAACCAGUUAUACCUCCAAGGUGUAAACGUCUACUCAAUGUAUCUUCCUCAUCCUCGUUACUCAGUAUACCACUUAAUUCAUAUUCUCAUUCAUGUACAAAUUUGUCGAUUCCUUCCCAAGAUACUUUACCUCAUGAAAUUCAAAAGUGUAAUGUAUCCGUACCAACCUUAUCCUACCGUUGUCAUCAAUUUGUUAAUAUUUCUAUCAGUUAUCCGCUAAUAUGUAAUCUAUGUAAUGAUUAUAUAGUGACACCACGGUGUAAUGCUAAUAGAUGCUUUGCUUGCAAGUCUGUAUUUCAUCUUGUUUGUGCUGAAUACUCUAAAAGAUUUGAAGUAUUCACGUGUCAGCCUCCAGUAAAUGACAAUUCGACAAUUAAAUCAAAGAAAUUGACUUGUUCAUCAACAUGUAAUGCUUUCUCAUUGUUAUCGUCUUCUAUUUCAACCACUGAACAGCCACUGGCUUCAUGGAAUUGUAAUCAAGUAGCCCAUUGGUUAGCUGUUGUUGGCCUUGGUCGAUUUGUUCGAUUAUUCAUCAAAUUGAAUUUAGAUGGUAAUUUCCUUUCAGAAGUUACUUAUGAUUCACCUCAUUUGUGUAGAGUAGCUGACCCAUUUGCUCGUGAAACAUUAGAAAGAGCAAUAUUGACUUUACAAGGUAAAGAACCUACUCCUGGAGAAAAUCUGGACAUAUUCGCGAAUUUGGAUAUCGAUAGAAAAUUUCCAGGACAAAGUAGCGGUUCUUGGCAGCACGAUUUCCAGCUCACCUCUUUCUACAGAAUAGUCUCCUGUAUAGUGUGCAAUAUUCCUUUGUUAGGCUUCAGUCAUCAGGGAUUCCAGUGUAAAAAGUGUGGAGCUAUUUGUCAUCGUAUCUGUAAAGCUUUAGAGUAUUUUUCAAAUUGUCCUGGAGUAUUUUGUGUGACUAAAGAAUUUAAUCCCGAAAAGCCGGGCGCUGACUGUGAAACGAAUGAAAUUCCCACUUCAUUGGUUCCGUAUGUUAGUGAAUACUUUGGUGUUAAAUUGGAAGAACAAAAAUUAGAUUCUAAUUCAAAAGUCCCUGUAUUCUUAACUACAUGUACUGAACAAAUAGAAAAACUAGCUUCUGAAAGUUUUAUUACUGCCAGUAAUAAUCCGUGUAUUCAACCUGUUGACUUGGCUAUGGUUUAUCAACAGUCAGCUUUAACGCAUACUCUACAAGAACUUCAUGAUACAUUUGCUCAUUGUUUACCAUUACCUGGUAUAGAACAGUCAUCUACCCAUCCGUUGGACAUUGUACGUUUUGCCCAAUUAAUGAAAGCUUUUCUUCGUGAUUUACCAGUGAAUGUGAUACCUGAAGAGUACUAUUUAGAUUUUUGCAGUUUAGCAAAUAUAAGAAAUAUAGAUGAAAAGGAAAAAGCUGUUCAUGCAUUUCUUCAAAGUCUUCCUGAACUUCAUCGGUUGUGUUUGAUUCAUAUUUUUAACCAUUUAGUCUUCGUGCUGAAUCAUCAAAAUAAGUUAAGGUCUUAUUUGUCAGAUUCAUCGUCUGUCAAUCUGAACCGGUCGAAUUCAUUUUCCAGUAUAAAUGUAUUGAAUAAAGCUACUCCUUGGUUGAUGGUUUUUCGACAAAUCCUUGUUCGACCACCAUGGCAUCUUAUCACCGACAUAGCUAUGGGUAUGGAUACACAUAUGCGUGCUUUAGAGGCUCUCUUUUCAUCUUUUGUUGAUCUUUCCACUGAGGAAUCAGAAUGUACAUCCCAAACUAAAAAUUCCGAAGCACAAUCUGAUGUAUCAGAUUCAAAUCUUCAGAGAAAUUAUGUAUCUUUUUCGCAAUUUGAACGUAUUUCCAGAUAUCAGGGUGAAAAACAUACAUCUUCAGAAUCCGUUUCACUAUAUCCUACUAAUGAAGUUGCACCAACUAUUAAUACUCCACCUAGUCCUACUUCAAUUGCUGCUAAUAAAAAAGAUUUAAAGAAUCAAGAAUGGUAUUGGGGUGAUAUAACUCAAGAAGAGGUACGUGAACUGAUGACAGAUCUUCAAGAUGGAUAUUUCCUUGUUCGUGAUGCUUCUGGGAGUUCAUCUGCUGCAUUCACUUUGGUAGUCAGAUGGCGUGGUUUAAAUAAGUUGAAUCGAAUCUAUCAUCGUGGUGAUUAUUUCGGGUUCACUGAUCCCCCAUAUCCAAGUUGUCGUUUAGUUUCUGAACUUGUUGAAUUUUGUCGUGUUCAUCCAUUAACUUUGACUAGUUGUAGCAAUCUACGAUUAAUUUGGCCUGUAUCGCGUCGUCAUAAACGUUUUCAUGGCAAAACUGAUAUCUCAUUCGAUAAUACUGUAUCUAAUGAGAAUAGGAGCGAUGCAGAUGGAGUGUUUGCCUGCUUCCUAACUGAGUCACAAUUGAACAGUGAAUUGAAAAGUAAAGCUGCUGAAAUUAAUCAGUUGGAUAAAGUUAUUACUGAUUUACAGUUACAGUCAAAAAAUGCAAUUGAUUUGAAAGAGGAAGGUGUUCGUCUUAUAAAGGGUUAUCAAAAGAUACGUAAUUGGUUACAAACCUCAUUGAGUCAGUUAGAUGAUUAUUCAUAUCCUAGUGAAAAGUUAAAGAUCUCACCUCAAAUUGAAACACUAAAAAGAGAAAUAGAUGAAAUUGAAAGACAAAUCAAAAUUAACAAGGAAGAGGUUAAUAAUCAAUCCAAAACAGCUCGAAUAAUAUGUGAAAAUUAUGCUAAUGCAAUUUUUCGUCAGCGUAAAGUUAGAAGACAGGCCCACGAGAUUCGACGAGCAUUAAAAGAUCGAGGAUUUAAAGAAGAGUCUUUAUCUUCUUCGAGUUCUUCAUUAUGUGAUGAUUCCAUUUCUUCAGCGAAACAGUCAAUCGAUAACCAGAGUAAUAUUGUACCGGGAAAUUCUAUAAGUUCUUAUGAUGAUAUCUAUUUACCGGAGGAGAUACGUGAUCGUCGAUAUUGGUUCCUCACAGAUGCUACUAGAGAAAAGGUAGAGGAGUUAUUGAGGGAUAGACCUGCUGGGACUUUUGUUGUCAGACCUUCUGCUACUAGUGAUAAAUUGGCGUUGGGUAUACGGUUAGCAACAUCUGUUCAACAUUGUUUAAUUCAUUGUGUAAAUGGAAAAUAUGGAUUUGUUGAAAAUUCUUGUACAUUUGAAUCAUUGGAAGCUUUGAUCUGUUACUAUCAUGUGGAGAAUUUAAAGCGAUACAAUAAUCUACUCAACAUAACUUUAAAGUAUCCAAUUAAGUUGCAAUUGGAUGACUGA